AUCACAGCCUCCCAACAAGAUGGUAUUGCAGUAGUCUUUACCCGGUACGAAUCACGGCGACGCAUCAUGUUUCACAGUCGCAUUGGACUCGGCUUGUCCCACUUCGUUGUUUGCAAUUGCAGCCAAGGCCACCAGUCAAGAUGCCGACAUGCACACAUGCAUAUGGAGGCACGGAAAGGGCUACCGGCACUCGGGCCUGCUCCCAUUCACGCGAUGUGCAGUUCGCAGGUGGACAACAGGAAGGGAUGCUGAUGUCGCGUCUCCAGCCCCCAAGGAGAGCACCGCACCACAUUGAUGAAGCUGUCGCCAUUGGACAUAGAUACAAGCUUGCCAGCUUGAUGCUGCAUAUUCAAGAAAAGCGUCUACAUCUGCAUGGACUGUUGGCACUGCUCAAAUGGGUCACCAGGGCGGCAUGGAGGCGCGGAUAUGCGCCGUGGAAGUACGCGGUAGGGACGGGAGGAGCCUUAUUGCGGGUGGUCCAGGUGUGCUCGCACCCUUGUCCCACAAAGAUCAUCCCGGUUGAGUCUAGCCAAGUCAUUGGGGCCUGGACCAAAGUUGGUGACCGUUCUGACGCAAUCAGAUCCGUCGACUGCGCGGAGUACUGGGUACCGGUAUCUCACAGCACACUAUGGUGGGUCGGUGACAAAAGAAAGUAAAGAAGCAAACACAUUCCCUUUUUUUUUGGACCAACUCCGCGCACUGCCUCUCCUCAUGUCUCGUGGAAGAUGAGCGGUGACCAUCCACCUCUUUCAGCUGGCUAGCGGUC